CUUGCAUUAGCCACUUAUGAUCGAGAAAGAAGCGCAACAUGGCAGACUCUCUCGUGACAUAUCUGCGAAGCAGUCUGCCAGAGGAAGUCGCCAGCCAAGCCGAAGCGCAUCUGAAACAGCUUGAAGAAGGCGACUACAAAGGCCUUUUGCAAAGCUCAGAGGCGCAAGCACUAUUUGGACACGAGGAAGAUCCGAAACUUGAUACAGUCAAACUCGAACAAUUCCAAAGCUGGAGCGACUUCAUUUUCCAGCGUCUGGGCAAUUUUCUGGCCGAUCGAUCACACCCGGAAAAGCAGAUUGCGGUUUUCUGCAUUGGCUAUGCUGCCCUGCUGGCUUUCCUACAGUCCAAUGUGACUGGACCACCGUUGGACUUCGUUCCGGCGGAGCUCGUUCUGCCAAAGCAUGUGAUCGAAGACAAGCAGCGCCGACAUGAUGUCAGGCAAAAGAUGCUCGCUGGCUUUACGAUCGAUGGCAUAGCGGCGUACAAGUUGACGCCUAACAUUGAACUGUUGUGUUUGGCUGACGCGGUGAUGACAACUCCGCCGGUCCUGAAGAAUGUCAAGGCGGCGAGAUGGGCGAAGAUGAGAAUUGCUUUCAUGCAUCAGAGACUGCUGUCAGAGGUAUCGUCGACCGUCCAAAACGUUGUUUACGAUGAUCUUGAAAUGCUCGAAGAGGAUCUGAACAAGUCGGGCAAUGAGCACCUCAGAGCUGAGUUCCUACUGGAGAGAGCGACGAUUCACAUUCAUCACGGACUGGACAAGCUUGCGCGAGCCGAUAUAGAAAAGGCGAAAAGCACGCUUCAUUUCGAGUUCGCUUUGACCGGCCUGAUGGGAAAGCGAACCAAGUUUCAGCAGAAAGAUACCAGCCAGCUUGUUGUUCUGGCCAAAAGCGCGACGAGUGACGAAACUAUCGAGCCGAAGGUCGCACCCACCAAAGCCGUUCAGAAUGGCGAGCCCGCCGUGGCCGAGCCAACGAAGCUCGAUCUGAACGACGAUACCCUCCUUGAAUCAAUCUCCUUCACCAAGAAGCCUGAAGAAUACACCUCGACCGACAUAACAGACAUGGAAUCUAUUCCGGCGUCACUGAAAGCUCUAGAUCCUGCGAAUCAACCGCAGCUACAGCCACUGGACUCCAUCAUCCUGUUAUCGCUGGCAUCCUCAAUCACGAAUACAUCGGCACAGGACGGUCUGACGAGAGAGGAGACUGCGCCAUAUGCGACUCGAGUGUUGGACGGUGGAAGCUCGAAUUGGCAAGUCUACACCCAAGCUCUGCUGGUGCGAAGUCGAAUCGAAGGCUAUCGAUCGCGGACGAUCGAGCGUGGUCUGCUGCAGCUUCAGGCAUUGGUUGAUCAAGUCAUUGCCGAAACCACUGCGGAAGGAUCAUCUGGACUGGAGAAUGCCACUCAAGAAGUUGCUGCAUCCACGUUCUUACCCAAGGCCAAAGAGUCGGAGAGUGCACCUGUGACUGAGCGACUGAAGUACAUCUUCCAGCUCGCUUCACCAACUCGAUGGGAAAUGGAAGCAGAAUUGGCCGCUCGAUGGGUCCAACUCGGAGGUUUGAGAUCAGCUCUGGGCAUCUACGAGCGGCUCGAAAUGUGGGCUGAAGCAGCGCUGUGCUGGGCAGCCACUGAACGUGAGGACAAAGCCAAGAGACUGGUCAGAAGACAACUCUUCCACACCACAAAAGGAGGACCCGAUACUUCAGAGCUCGAGGUCGGCGAUGAUGAAGAAUGGGAGGGACCAGCCCGCGAUCCUCCACCACUGGAUGCUCCACGCUUGUAUUGCAUUCUAGGUGACAUUGAUCAGUCCAUCGAGAUGUAUGAGAAAGCAUGGGAGGUAUCGAAACAACGAUAUGCUCGAGCUCAGCGUUCGAUCGGACGUCACUUCUUUGCGGCCAAAGACUUCGUUCGAGCGGCUGCUGGAUACAGCAAGAGUUUGAAGGUCAAUCAGCUGAAUCACACCAGCUGGUUCGCUCUCGGCUGUGCAUUACUCGAGCUGGCAGAAUUUCAGAAAGCCGUGGAAGCUUUCUCAAGAUGCGUUCAGCUCGAAGAGACCGAUGCUGAGGCAUGGUCAAACCUCGCCGCAGCGUUACUUCGGAUGGAUCCUGACGACGUUCCCGCAACUCCAGAAAGCAACAAGGUCAGACUGGACGACGAUGAAGACGACAUUGUUGCUCCUCCUCAAUCCUCCGCCGAACGCCAUCUAGCACUUCGCUACGAUGCGCUCGAAGCUCUCAAACGCGCCGCAUCACUAAAGCGUGAAUCGUACCGCAUCUGGGAGAACGUCCUCAUCGUCGCCGCCUCUCUGCAGCCACCCGACUACACUACCAUCCUCUCCGCGCAAAAACGUAUCGUCGAUUUGCGCGGCCCAACCGAUGGCGAGAAAUGCAUCGACGUCGAGAUGGUGCAGAUGCUCGUCUCGCACAUCAUCUCCGAGAACGAUACCUACGAUCCCAGUCAACCUGGUCUGACACGCAUGGUCGUGAGAUUUAUUGACGAGAGUGUUGUGCCGCUCAUCACUGGCUCAAGCGCUUUGUGGCAGCUUGUAGCGACUGUGCGUUUGUGUGAUUCGUACGAGAGCCUGGGUCCCAAAGAGCGUACGGAGGGAAUGGGUGACGGAGAGCCAGUGGCCAAGGACUGGAAGUUCAAAGCGAGGAGUGCUGUGAGAGGUAUCUUGGGGAGAGGAAAGGAUAGCUGGGAUGGUACGAAUGGAUGGGACAGGCUGAAAGCCGUCACGGAAGAUCUGAAGGGGUAG